GCCUUCCAUUCGUCCGUCCAGCUCUAAGGAAUCGCGUUGUGCAACAUGUUCGCGAAGCUGUUGGCGGGCUUAGCGGUCGCGACGGCUGCGGUGCGAGCGGCAGUGCUCGUCGACUUCCAGGUCGCCCAGCCGCCCCCUCUCCCUAAGGACGCUAAGCAAUGCACCGUUCAAAUCCUCCAGCGUACGUUCGGAAACUCGUUUGGAGCGGCUGAAGUAGUGGAAUAUACACCUCCCACGGAUUGCGGUCCAGUCGGGUCUUGGGCUGGCAUCAGCCUGAACUUCACGGUAACCUCGAACGGUACACAGUUCGAUCGUCUAGGUAUCUUCACCUUCCAAAAUGUCGAGAUCUGGCGUACGUCGACGCCUGAACCUACUCGCGGCGACGGUAUCAUCUGGACCUACCUGAAGGACGUGACACGUUACACUCCACUUUUCGCGAAGAACGGAACUUUCAUCCUCCAGCUUGACAACUUGCUCGAGACAGGUCUGGACGGGCAGUACGCGACCACCCUGCAUGCCACUUUCUUUGCGUCUUCAGCCGCACAUCCGCCCGCGCCCAAGGCGGAUGUCAUUAUACCAGUGUCCACCCUUGCGAACAACACCGGAAAUGAUGCAUCGGUGCCCCCCACAUUCUCUCUGAAUGUCACAGUGCCCCCAAACGCCGUACAGAUUUUUGCUGAGCUGUACGCCUCGGGCAACGGGAACGAGGAGUUCUGGUACUUCAACACGGCCAACGAGUUCCUGGGCGACCUCCCAAGCGGUACUACCUUCGGAGGCGGUCCUUUCCGUGAAGUCCGCCUGUUGGUCGACGGGCAGGUUGCCGGCGUAGCGUUCCCGUACGCCGUGAUUUUCACUGGGGGUAUCGUCCCUACAGCAUGGAGGCCGAUCACAUCCUACGGCGCGAUCGACCUCCCCACCUACUUCCUCGACCUCACGCCAUUCGUUCCCGUGCUGACCGACGGCCAGCCGCACAACAUCAGCCUCGACGUCGUCUCCGCGGAAGACGACCACACGAUCAACCAGAACUGGUUCGUCUCGGGCAGCCUCCAGGUCGUCACCGAUCCGUCUGGCAAGCCGACCACCGGCAAGAUCACCCGUUACGAUGCGGACGACUUCGCGGUCACGAACACUACCGGGAGCGUCGGUGCCAAUGGCGACGUGAACGUCACGGUCGCGGCGACGCGUAACAUCCACAUAGAGGCUGAGAUUACGAGCGGAAGCGGCCAGACCACACACGUCGUGUGGAGCCAGAACCUCGAGUACUCGAACACUCAGAACUAUCUUGACAACACCUUCAUCCAGAUCGUGAAUCAGAGUGCAAAGGGAUCGUUCCUCUCGACGCACAAUGGAGUGCCGACGCUAGUGGACGAGUUCUCAUACCCGCUUAUUAUCAACUUCACCGUCCUUUCCCCCGAUGGUUCUCAAUUCGUCGCCACGUUUGACCAUUCGCUCAACCGCGUAUCCCAACCCGCACCAUUCAUCCUCGGUUCCACAAUCAAGAACCACCAGACCGCAACCGGCUUCUUCACAGAGGCCUCCACUGGUAACACCGGCAACGGCACGAACUCGAACGUGUUCUCCUACGUCGACCUGAAGGGCAACACUUACAACCGCGGGGUGACCGCGGUCGACAACAACAUCACAUCUGACCACCAGGGCGGGUCGCUCGCGCCAACCACCGCCUUCAAAUUCCCUGGCUUCGCUCAGACACCUCAGAGUAUUCCGACACCUCGGUUCCCGGGAGCUCGGAAGAUCGCAAACUGA